AUGGCACUAAUUGUGGAUCAACAAUCAGGAUUCAAACAUUAUUGCAAGAUUUGCAAGAAGGGGUUUGGAUGCGGGAGAGCCCUUGGGGGCCACAUGAGAGCUCAUGGGAUUGGAGACGAUAUUGCAGAUCACAUGGAAGAGGAAGAUCCCACAAGUGAUUGGGAAGACAAAUUACCAAAUGAAGAUAAUAAUGUGGCCCCCACGAAUAAGAGAAUGUAUGCAUUAAGAACAAACCCUAAUCGCCUAAAGAGCACUCGCGCUUGUGAGAAUUGUGGAAAAGAGUUCUUCUCUUGGAAAUCAUUCCUUGAGCAUGAAAAUGGAAAAUGCACCUCCGAAGAUGUCGAUUCCUUAAUCUCUUCCCCUCCUUCUGACGAAGGUGAAGAGUAUGGCCCCACAAUGAGGGGAAGCAGUGGUGGUGGUUGGUCCAAAAGGAAGAGGUCCUUCAGAGCUAAGGUUGGCAUUGGUAAUAACAACAACAAUAACAACUCCAUUUGCGCAUCAAGCGAGGAAGAGGAUCUAGCCAAUUGUCUCAUGAUGUUAUCCAAUGCCACAAACACAGUGGAUCAUCCUCCUUUGAUGGUCGAACCAGAGGAGUCAUGUGCAUCGGCGAGUAAAGAUGAGGAUCGAAGAAAUUCCAACAACUUAAUCGCUCCAGUUACUAACAUUAUGUAUCAGCCUGCGAUGGCGCCAACCGUUGACAAGGCCAAGGCAAGUAAAGGGUUGUUUGAAUGUAAGGCUUGCAAGAAAGUUUUCAAUUCACACCAAGCACUUGGAGGGCAUAGGGCUAGUCACAAGAAAGUUAAAGGUUGUUUCGCUGCCAGACUUGAUAACCACCAUAAUAACCAAGCUUCUGUCAUUGGUGAUAGCAUGGCUGAUGAUGAUGCCAUCACCAUGCAACAGGAUGACACGUCAAUGAAAGUGGCAUCGUCGAGCUUUCAGUUCGACCAUGGGUCUCAACCUAUUGCUUCACCCUCAAAGAGGAAAUCUAAAGUUCAUGAGUGUUCCAUUUGCCACCGGGUGUUCUCUUCCGGCCAAGCAUUGGGCGGUCACAAACGUUGUCAUUGGAUUACAUCCAAUUUGCCCACAGCCGAUGCCUCAUCGUUGGCCACAAAAUUUCACCAAUUUCAAGAUCAUCUAGAGCAAAUUCAACACAGAUCUCCCAAGUUUAUUAGGACGAUAAGUAAUUCUGAGCCCUUGGAUCUCACGCUUGAUCUUAAUCUUCCAGUUACUUCCAUGGUGGUCGCCAACAAUACAAACCAAGCUACAAGGCAAGGCCAUCCUCGUAAUCAUCCUUCUCCUAACAACUUUGCAAUGGCUGCUGAGGUUUACUUACAGUCGUGGAUGGGAAAAGAGAAAAAGAUAGACCAAAAUGAUGAGGAGAGUAUUAAGAAGAGUCAUGACAAGAAUAACGAAAAUGGCAAUGUUUCUUCGUCGACGCAGACGGUGGAUGACGAAGCAGACAGUAAAGUGAAAUUAGCAAAGCUUAGUGAACUUAAGGACGUACAUAUCAACGGGAAUUCAUCACCAUGGUUGCAGGUGGGAAUCGGUUCCACCGCCAAUGUGGGCGCAGACCAUUGA